UAACAGUCACGCUCGUCAAUCUAACCUUGCCUUCGCUGCGUACUGCGCACCUUCUCUCUUUUCCCCAAUUCCCCUUUCAACACAAGAUUGAUAAACAUCAUCCACCUAUGUAAUAUAAAAAAAUAAAAAUAAAAAAUUUAAGAUCGAAAUCCGACAUCCAAAAUCACUUCUUACUGCCACUAUCCAUUUUCUCUCUUUUGCUUUUCUCGGGAAAGUUCGGUUCUCACCAAGAAAUAUUUUUUCCCCUGGAAUCAAACAACACCGAAGACCGAACCAACACUCUCUGAUGCGAAUCGCUUCAUUCUCACAUGGCUCUGCUCUUAAUUUAGUCUCAUGACGAUCGUUGGUAUAUGCCGCCCUAUGCGUUCCCCUUGGGAUCAACCCAUGGAUCGCUGCCUCAGAUUCUUUCCAUGCCUCAUUGACCCUGCUCGGAGGUCUGCGAUGUGCGUGAAAUUGGUCUUGGUGACUGUCCAUUUGGUUUAUAUUGGCGUUCUCUUCUUAAUUGAUGGAGAUUUGAUAGAAAAGACUAAGAAGGAACCGGUGUACACUGCUUGUUACUUGCUGUUGUUCUUUGUUACUUUAAUACAAUACUUUGUUACAUCUAUUUCUUCUCCGGGCUAUGUCCUUGAUGCCAUGAUGACUCUUACUGAGAGAAAUGUCCUAUACAGAAAGACAUCAGAAGCCUCAAGUCUACCAGCUUCAGGCAAAAAUGGGAGUUUCGUUGUUGCUGUCGAGGGAUCUCAGGCAGGAAAAAAUAUUUCAGGAAAUAAUACACCAACUUGGUCAAAGUUAGUGGCAGACUUGUAUCCUAUGGGAACAACAAUCAGAACAUGGACAUGCAGCUACUGCAAUGUGGAACAGCCUCCACGAUCAAAGCACUGUCAUGAUUGUGACAAGUGUGUUCUUCAGUUUGAUCAUCAUUGUGUUUGGCUUGGUAACUGCAUUGGGCAGGGCAAUCAUUGUCGAUUUUGGUGGUACCUUUGUGAAGAGACAGCGUUGUGCCUCUGGACUGGCAUCUUAUAUAUUUCAUACUUGAAGGAUCACAUUAAAAGUUCUUGGUGGCGGGAUGCAAUCAUGAUAGUACUGUUGAUCACUUUGUCAAUCUCUCUUAUCUUUCUGCUUUUGCUACUUCUAUUUCAUAGUUAUCUUAUUUUGACAAAUCAGACUACUUAUGAACUUGUAAGGAGAAGACGAAUUCCUUAUCUAAGGGGAAUUCCUGAAAGAGUGCACCCAUUUAGUAAAGGAGUAUCUAGAAAUGUAUACAAUUUCUGCUGCGGAAGUAGCAGCGUAUACAACAUGGAGCGGCUCCCGACACCUCAGGAGACAGAGGAAAAGUCAAGACCGUACACGUGUCUGGAUGUCGUAACCUGUCGAUGUUGCUGAUGACUGUUGUAAACAAAUUGUAUAAGUAGGAGUCUUUGUCCCUGAGAGUUUUAUUGUGAACUUAAGGCCAUUUGCAGUGUGAUUUUCCAUGUUAUCCAUUCUUUGUUUAAUUGUUUUUUGGAAGUGGAUGUUUUAAGUUUAAUGUAUAGUUGCAGUGCUAGGGUGUGUGUCAUUUUGCCAGUGUUGAAUUUCUCAGACCUGGGAUUCUUGGAACACAGGGCACCAUGCGGAAUUGUUGGUUGUGGUAGUGUUGAUUGUGAUCGAAGCAAUUAAAGUUUAAGGUAAGAUGAAUGAACAGAGUGUUGCUCACAUGCUUUUUUUGA